CUGAAGAUGGUAUCCAUUGUCGGAUCUGGAGGAAUGGGCAAGACAACUCUUGCAAAUCAAGUAUAUCAAGAGAUCAAAGAGAAAUUCAAGUGUAUUUUAUAGUGAUUGAUGACAUAUGGGACAUCAAAACAUGGGAUGUUCUUAAGUGCGCAUUCCCCAUGAACAGUUGUGGUAGCAUAAUAAUCACCACUACUCGUAUGCGUGAUGUCGCAUAUUCAUGUCGUUCAUCAAUCGGUGGUCAUAUUUACAGUAUAAAGCCUCUUAAUAUGUCACACUCAAGACAACUAUUUCACAGAAGAUUAUUUAACUCUGAAGAAGAUUGCCCGCUAUCACUCGAAACCAUUUCUAACCAAAUAUUGAAAAAAUGUGAUGGAUUGCCUUUGGCGAUCAUUGCUAUAUCUGGUUUGUUGGCCAACAAAGAAAGAACAAAGCAUCUGUGGAACGAAGUGAAAGAUUCAAUUGGUCGUGCACUAGAAAGGAAUCCUAGUGUCGAACGAAUGAUCAAGAUAUUGUCACUUAGUUACUUUGAUCUGCCUCCUCAUCUUAAAACAUGUCUCCUCUAUCUAAGUAUAUUUCCAGAAGAUUCUGUUAUUGAGAAGAAAGCCCUUAUAUGGAAAUGGAUUGCAGAAGGAAUUAUUCACAAAGAUGGCAAAUAUACAACAUAUGAGUUAGGAGAGAGGUGUUUUAAUGAGCUCGUUAAUAGGAGUUUAAUCCAACCAGUGGAGCUGGACAAAUAUGAUAAGGUGUUUAAUUGCCGAGUUCAUGAUACAAUUCUUGAUUUCAUUAUAUCCAAGUCCAUUGAAGAGAACUUUGUUUCUUUCAUUGGUGUCCCCAGUUUAACAAUAGGGACAGAAAGUAGAGUGCGCCGAUUCUCCAUGCAAGUUGAAGGAGAACGAAUAUCUGAAAUGCCGACGAGCGUGAUAUUGUCUCAUGUCCGGUCACUUAAUGUGUUUGGGAAUACAGUGAAAAUCCCCCCAAUGAAGUAUUUCAGGCAUUUGCGCGUUGUGGACUUUGGAAGAUGCGGGCAAGUGGAAAACCACCAUCUUGCAGAUGUAGGCCGUCUUUUUCAGCUAAGGUACCUCAACAUUAGCUGGACAAGGGUACGCAAUCUUCCAGAACAAAUCAGGCAUCUACGGUGCUUAGAGUUGUUGGACAUUAGGCGCACGGAGGUCUCCAGUUUACCAGCAAGUAUUGUCAAUCUCAAAAAGCUGGCACAUCUACUUGUUAGCAGACUUGUUAGAUUUCCUGAUGGCAUUGCAAAGAUGCAAGCACUGGAAACAUUGAAAUGGGUGAGCGCCGACCAGUCAUGUAACUUUCUGCAGGAGCUUGGGCAGCUAAAGAAUCUGAGGAAGCUGAACCUUUGCCAUAUGAAUGAUGCAGAACAGAACAAGGAGAUUAUUGCUUAUUCUCUCAAUGAACUAUGCACACAAAACCUUACAUCUCUAACUAUGUGGAAUGAUCAUGAUAGCAUCCUAUUGAAUACAUGGUGCACUUCUCCUCCACUUAACCUUCAAAAGCUUGUGACUUCGGCCUGGGUCCUCCCAAAGGUUCCGGAUUGGAUAGGAUCACUCAUGAACUUGCAGAAGUUAAGCUUGGAAGUGGAGAGAAUCAGGCAGGAAGAUAUCUUCAUCCUUGGAGCCUUACCUUCUCUGCUUACUCUGAGUCUCCAAGGAAUGGAAGAUCGGUCUUCUUGUAAAGACAGAAGGCUGGCAAUCACAAGUGAAGCUGGGUUCCGAAGCCUGAGGAUGUUUACUUACGUGGUGCUGGGAGAUGGGAUGGAUCUCAUGUUUACAGCAAGAUGUAUGCCCAAGCUAGAAAAACUGAUAAUUCAUUUUUCCGGUGGUGUUGAAAAUGAGACUCUCUGCUGUCCUGGUGCUAUUGAUUUUGGGAUAAGAAACCUGUCGAGCCUCACUACUUUCAGAUGUGAGUUUGUUUGCGACAGGGGCAUUGCUGAUGCUAUAAUUGCUUCCCUGAAGAGAGAAGUCAGCACACAUCCUAAUAACGACCUUCGUCUAAUCAUCGAGAUGUACAAUGUUGAACUCGAGCUCCAGCUGCUUCAGUAGCAGACUGAGUAUCAUGCAGUGGAAUUUGGAGCUAGAUCUAUUGUGCCAAUGCCAUUUGGGUAAACAAGCCAAGGACAUCACCAACAUGAGAGUUGCCGCUGGCUCCUGCUCAUCAUAAAUUCCCGAAAUUAGUUUCCAGAGUUUUCAGCUACAAACUUCUCUCAACAAGUAUAUUGUCUCUUUCUGUUGCAAAAUGUAAUCGCUUAUGGAGAAUUACCUUGACAAAUAAUUAGUGUAUCCGCAUGCGUGUUAUGCGGGGGUUUUGUUU